AAACCAGGCUUCUUAUACCUGAUGUUGGUCAUUUUGUUAGAAAUUCUAUGGCUCUUGUGAGGAGCAUCAUCAGUCCAUUUGGGAGAUUUUCAUUUACACUCCAAAUGUAUAAGCUUACAGAGACUUAGAUAUAUUAUAGGCGUUUUUUUGGUUGUUGUUUUUUGUUUGUUUGUUUGUUUUUUUAUGGAUGAUAAUAGUCAAAGAAGAGAUAGUUACUACAGUCAUCCUGGUUGUGUACUCACAUCUGAAGGUUUGGAGCUAAGCACUUCCUAUGAGAGAACAUGGAAUGUCUAUCUUUCUAGGUCCAGGUUACCUCAUUCAAUAUGGUCUUUCCUAGGUCCAUCCAUUUACUUGGAAAGCUCAUUAUUUCAAUUUCUUUACAUGAAUAGUAUUCCAUAAUGUGUAUGUACCACACUUUCACUCUCCAAUUGUCAGAUGAAGAACAUUUAGGUUGUUUCCAUUUUGUAGGUGUUGUUAGAGCAACAAUGAACAUGGCUGAGCAAGUAUCUGUGGAGCAGGAUAUUGAGUCCUUUAGGCAUAUACCAAGGAAAGGAACAGCUGAGUCAUGUGCUGAAUUUAUUUAAUUUGAGAUUUUGUUUAUUUAAAUGAGGGUUCUCUAUUUUUAUUUUUAGUGUGGCUAAGUGUUUUUUGGCGUUUUUAUUUGCUAUGGUUUCAUUUUUAUGUUGUUGCUGGUUGGACUAUUGGUACUAUUUUUCUUCCCUCUUUUUGAGAAAUAGUGGUUUGCUGUCUUACCCAUAGAUGAUUACUUCACAGUUCUUCUGUAUUUCUCUAUUUUUCAUUUGAAAUUUAUUAUUUCCCAUGUUCUCACGAAUGAUUCCUCUGACUCUCCUGGAUAUAUUUUGCCUCUAAUUUAUUAUCUGCAGGGCUGUUUUUAGUGAAAUGAAUUGUGUUAAUUGGUGACUAUCUUGAAAUGUACUUACAUCUCCUUCAAUUUUAAGAGAAUAGUUUUCUUUGUGCAACAAGUUCCUUGAUGGUGAUUUUCUCCUCAAGCUUCAGAUGUCUUUCCAUGCUCUCCCGGCUUUGUAAUCAUUGACUGGACACCUGAUAGAAUUCUGUUUCUUGGGUCUUUUAUGUGGUUGGACAUUGUUCUCUAACAGCUUUCUGUAUUAAUGUUAACUUUUCUGUUUUGACCCCUUGAUUUGAGAGGGAAGCGACCAUCUAUUCAUUGUUCCUGAAAGAGAAAGCCAAAGAAGAGAAACAGUUAGAAAUGGUUGAUUCUCCAGUAAUCACGUCUCAGGGUCUGUUGACAUUCAGAGAUGUGGCUGUGGACUUUCCCCAGGAGGAGUGGGAACGCCUGGACUCUGCUCAGAGGGCUUUGUACAUUGAUGUGAUGUUGGAGAAUUACAACAACCUGGUCUUUGUGGAGAAUUAUUACAGAUGUAAUCCUGUCCGUCAACUUGUGAAGACGGAAAAGGAGUCUUGUCAAUGUAAUGACCUUGGGAAAGUGCUUUAUGACCCCUCCACAUGUGCACUUUAUAGAACAAGUCAAACUACAGAAAACUCUAAUAACUACACAUGUAGUAACAACAAGAAUGCCUCUACUGACUCAUCAAACCUAGAUAGACAUGAAAACAUGCACACUGGAGAAGAACUUUGCAAAUCUAAAGACCAUGGGAAAACUUUAAAUUUGUGUUCCAUCAUUUCUCAAGAUCAAAGAUUCUACACUGCAAAGAAGGAGCACAGGCAGGGAGAAUAUGAUGACUAUUUUGCCUCUGCAUAUAGUCUUUUGCAACAAGCAAUUCGAGAGACACCACACCAAUGUGGGAAAUGCGGAAAAUGCUUUAGGACUGCCUCAUACCUCACUGAACAUGAGAGAAUUCAUACUGGAAUUAAACCCUACAAGUGCAAUGUUUGUGAAACAUCCUUUACCCUGCUUUCAAGUCUUGAUAUACAUCUAAGACUUCAUACUGGGGAGAAACCUUACAAAUGCAAAGAAUGUGGAGAGUCAUUUCAUCAGUUGUCAGCAUUUCAUAGCCAUCUGAAGUUGCAUAAUGGAGAGAAACCUUACAAAUAUAAGGAAUGUGGCAAAUCCCUUACCCACUCUUCCACUCUCAAGAAACAUCAGAAAAAGCGUGUUGUUAGGAGAAAUUAUAUUUGUCAAGAAUGUGGCAAAGUCUCUCAUAGUCCUUCACACUUUAAGGAUCAUUCCAGAGUCCAUACUGGAGAGAAGCCUUUCAAAUGCAAUGAGUGUGACAGAGCCUUUCCCCACUAUUCAUCAUUGAGUAGACAUAGGAAAACUCAUAAUCCAGAGCAAAUGCACAAAUGUAAAGAAUGUGGUAAGUCCUUUCUUGAAUUAUCAUAUCUUAAAACUCAUUACAGAAUCCAUACUGGUGAAAAGCCUUUCAAAUGUAAGGUAUGUGACAAAUCCUUUACCUACCACUCAGCCCUUAAAACACACCAGAAAGUUCACACUGGGGAGAAGCCUUACAAAUGUAAGGAAUGUGAUAAGUCUUAUACUAGAUUCUCAUCUCUAAGAGCACAUCAGAAAAUUCAUACUGUAGAGAAACCUUACAAAUGCAAAGACUGUAACAUGUCCUUUACUGAUCUUGCAAGUCUUAUAAAACAUCAAGGAGUUCAUACUGGAGAGAGACCUUACAAAUGUAAGGAAUGUGACAAAUCCUUUACCAGUUUCACAGUUCUUAAAAGACAUCAGAUAGUUCAUACUGGGGAGAAACCUUACAAAUGUCUGGAAUGUGAAAAGUCCUUUACUCAGGAGUCAAAUCUUAGAAGACAUCAGAGAGUUCAUACUGGAGAGAGACCUUUAAGUUGUAAAGAAUGUGACAAAUCUUUUACAAGGUGCUCCUACCUCAGAGCACAUCAGAAAAUCCAUAAUGGGGAGAAACCAUACAAAUGCAAUGACUGAUAAUCCUUUAUCCUAAUUUUGAGUAUUAGAAGACAUUAGAAAAUUCAUACUGGGCAGAAACAUACUGUAGCUAGAGUUUUCCUGCCUGGCCCACAGUCAGGACAAAUCUCUCUCACCUGCCAGUCCCACGGCCGCUCAGACCCGACCAAGUAAACACAGAGACUUAUAUUGGUUACAAACUGUAUGGCCGUGGCAGGCUUCUUGCUAACUGUUCUUACAGCUUAAAUUAAUCCAUUUCUAUUAGUCUGUACCUUGCCACAUGGCUCGUGGCUUACUGGCUUCUUCACAUGCUGUUUCUCAUCGUGGUGGCUGGCAGUGUCUCUCUUACUCAGCCUUCCACUCCAGCUUUAUUCUACUCCUUGUCCUGCCUAUACUUCCUGCCUGGCCACUGGCCAAUCAGUGAUUUAUUUAUUGACCAAUCAGCAACACACUUGACAUACAGGCCAUCCCACAGCAACAUACCAUUGUAAAUAAUGUGACAUAGCAUUUUCCAGUUCUCUGCUUUCAGAUCACAGCACUACACAAAAUAGAAACAUAAACUUUUGAAAAUCUUUAAUGAAGGUUUACAUUUAAAAAAAAAUAUCCUAGAGUUUAUAAUAAAUAAAAUUCUGCAAAUAUGAGUGGGAAAAGCUUUUUUAUUUCUUUCAAUGUAUAUACGUGCUUUGCCUGUAAGUAUAUCCAUGCACUACAUGUAUGCCUAGCAUGGGCAGAGGACAGAAGGGGUCAUCAGAUCCCCUGAUGUGUAGUUACAGACCAUUGUUAACUGCCGCACUUGAGUUGGGAAGUGAACCUUGGGCCUCUGGAAGGGCAAACAGUGGUUUUACACAAUAAACCAUGUCUCCACCCCUGGUCAAAAAUGUAAUAAAAACAUUUAUCUUGUUCAACAUCCGAAAAUUCAUAAUAUGGCAGGUGUGGUGGUACACUUCUUUA